ACUUGCUCCUUGUUUUCAGAUUUCUCUAGAGAGGGAUAAAAUGAGUAAGAGGAAGAAGCUUCGGACCUCAGGAGGGAAAGGAAACCGUCCUCCAAAACUUCCAAAGAACCCAAGGUUAGGAGACUCUGACGGGGACCCCCAGAGUUCCAAGUUGGGCCAUUGGCAUCACCCUGAAGAGACAGAAAGCUCAGGACCCGCUCCCUCUGCAGAGCAGAGCAGGGAGGAACCAGGACAGGCAGCUUCCAGCUCUCCUUAUGAGGAAGCAGGAGCUCCCUCCAGGCUCCUCGGGCAGCCAGAAAAAGAGCCAGUUCGCCUUCCUCCUUCCCAGAACUCAGUCAGGAGGUUUGUCCCCCAGUUUACAAAACCCAGGAAGACAGUGACAGGACGAGCAGAGGGGAGGGAAGAGGACCCCAGGAGUGGGGCCUUCAGCUUGGAAACACUGCCAGAACCCAGUGCCCAGCAGCCCAGAAGCCAGCCUCAAGAGGAGUCCCCAGGGCUUGCCCUCCAGGAGACCAGGGACCCAGGAGACCAGACCCAGGCAGACAGCGCCUGCCCCGAGCCCAGCGGCCAAAACUCUGUUGCGCCUGUGCCUGGCGAUGGGGAUCCUCAGCCCUUGGCCUCCAGCAUUGCCUCUCUGGAGUGGGGGACAGUGCCCUCGGCCUCAGAGAGGGCCAGCCAGGACCACCUGUCAAAGCAUGGGACCAACGUGCCAGAUGGUGGAAGCACGGAGGAGGGUUGGGUUCCAGGUGAUCAUGACCAGAAAGGGCACCUGCCAGGCAGUGAUGCUGAAGAGGAGCCAGACCAAGGAGCCCCUCAGGAGGGAGGUGCCCGAGGGGAAGCAGGAGCUGAGCUGCCUGAGGAGCGCCAGGAGGAAGAAGAUGGCAUCCUGGGCCCAGAGCCCAGAUCUGCAGCCCAGGGCCCUCCUGACCCUCUGCAGACACCCAGCUGGACUGGCGGGGGAGCAGAGUGGAGCUAUAGCAGCCCAAGAUGCUCCCGCCUUGGGGCUGUUGUCAUCGCAGGUGUGAGCACAGACCCCACGGAGCCAGAACAGAGGGCUCUUGGGGUGGCUGGGCCAGAUGGGACGGUCAACGCCAGGGUGACUGCCUCUCCCAGCGGGAAGGCUCCUGAUGGAGGCCACAGCAGAGCCCUGCUCGGGUACAUGCCUCGCAAUGGGGAGACCACAGGAGGCAGAGAGGAGUCAAGGCGGGAAGACAAGCCCCCUGAUGACGUCCCGGGGGGCCUUGCAGCCUCCCUGGCUCUGGCUCACGAGAUCCAAGAGUGCACAAUAGGUGUUGGGGAUUCCAGCCCUUUAGCCUUGGAAAUGGGUCCAGGUGUGGGUCAGACACAGGUACCAGGCCCGGAUCAAGAAGGGCUGGGAGGUAUGUGCUUGCUGCCUUUGCUAUCGCAACCUGUGGCUAAAAAGGCAGCUGAGUUAGGGAGCCGUAGCCACAAACAAGACCUCAAGGGGCACAGUUUGUCCCUCAGAGCCUGUGUUCCACCAGUGUACAGAGAAGCAGUGGACAGCCCUCCCCAGGAUGCUGGGGCACGUCAGGGCAGCCCAGAUACCCACACGAGCCCGGCAGGCCAGCCUGAGCACCCUGCUGACUCUUCAGAGCAGGCUGUCUGGGAGGGGUCCCCAACCAUGGAACUCUACUUCCUGCCGGACAGCCAGACACAGGAUGCCCUGGAAGCCCUUGGUUUUGAAGCCCCACGUGAACAGUUGUGUCCUGCAGGGAGCGGGCUGGACCCUUGCUGGCCUGGCACCAGCCCACGUGCCGAUGGAGGCUCCCUUGCUGAGGCCCAGCCAAGGACCCGAAUAGGGAUCAAGACCUGUGAAGCCGCCAGAAUGGAGGAUGCAACAGACACCGUGCAAGGCCUCGUCAUCGAGCUCUCCAACCUGAACAGGCUGAUCAUGAGCGCCCACCGGGACCUGGAGGCCUUCAAGCGCCUCAACUACUACCAGAAAGCAAAGCCAGCAGGGAAGGCCCCUGCAGCCUACACACCAAAGGGGGCUGGGAAUCCCCCUCGAGGGGAGCAGUCCUGGAGGGACUUGUAGGUGUGUGUGCUCGUACACGCUCACCAGCCCCAAGAAGUGCCUGAUGUUCCUGCCAAACAGCUGGAAACAAUCCCUCAGCAGACUCCGGAAAGCCUGCUGGCCCCUGUGUGCCCCUUGUUAUUUUGUUACCAUCUGAGAUGCUCCAGCAAGUCCUGGUGGGCCCCAGAAACCUCCCCUCAGCUGACCUGGAAGUCACCUUCCCAUGGGAAACACAAAAGGCCCUGCCGUCCUCAGCAGCCUCCCUCUGGAGUCGUGUGGGGGAGGGAACCUGCUCCUCCCGGUGGCAGAGGCCUGGAA